GUCAAAGUUGACUAAAUGAAGGGGAAGAUCCCCGGGGUGUUUGUGAUGCUCGUGUUUGGUGCGACGCAGACGGGGGUGACUGAGAAGUGCCCUAUGCUGAUCAUCACUGCUCGGCUACUCCCCCUCUUAACUGUACCCUUCACCCACCAGAGGAUUCAAAGGACAGUUGGCAGUGUUGCCUACAGGGGACUGAGAACCAUGGAGCCCCUCAGGGCCCCUCAGGAUCCACAUGUUAACACCACCCUGUCCGGGGUAGACACCAAGCCUCAGCCCCCUACUUCUGGAGCCCCAAUGGAGGGCUUGAACCCAAGUCCAGCUGCCGCAACACCUGACCAGGAGAUGCCCCCGACAACGGGGUUGUUGCCAGGGGAGACAGUUGUCAGGGAGGGCAAGGCAGCCAUAUUGUUUCCCAGUGCCAACGAGGUGUUUUACAACCCUGUGCAGGAGUUCAACAGAGAUCUGACGUGUGCGGUGGUUACAGAGUUUGCCCGGGAGCAGAUGGCCCGGAGGGGGGUGAAGGUGGUAGUGCCAGGGGAGAAGGAGAGGGUGGUGGUCAAUCUAGCUGACGAGAAGAAAGAGGAGACAGAGAUGCAGACAGGGGAGGAAGGAGGAGAGGAGCCAGUCGUAACUGCUUCAGUGGGGGAGCGCUGUAAGAAUGGUCUGCGUGUGUUGGAGGGUCUGGCAGCGUCUGGCCUACGCUCUGUGAGGUUUGCUCUGGAGGUGCCUGGUCUACGUAGCGUCACAGCUAACGACUUCUCAGCCAAGGCUGCUGCCCUCAUCGCCCGCAAUGCCCAGCACAACGGAGUCACACACCUACUGCAGGCCAGCCAGAGAGAUGCCAGCAUGCUGAUGUAUGAGAUGCGGGGGAAGAAGGACCGCUAUGAUGUCAUAGACCUGGACCCCUACGGAAGCCCCGCCCCCUUCCUGGAUGCCGCCGUCCAGGCUGUCGGUGAAGGAGGUCUGUUGUGUGUGACAUGUACUGACAUGGCUGUGAUGGCUGGUAACAGUGGGGAGACCUGCUACAGCAAAUACGGCUCUGUCUCCAUCAAAGCCAAGUACUGUCAUGAGAUGGCUCUGCGUAUCAUCCUACACAGUCUGGACCAGAGAGCUGGUGUGUACCAACGGUACAUCCACCCCCUGCUCUGUGUCAGUGUGGACUUCUACAUACGAGUGUUUGUCAGGGUACACACUGGACAGGCCAUGGUCAAAAACUCAGCAAGUAAACAAGCGUUGGUGUAUAACUGUGUUGGCUGUGGCUCCUUCCACUUACAACGACUGGGCAAGAGGACGACUCAGGGAAACCAUAUAAAGUACUCUGCAGCCACUGGACCGCCGGUCGGAGCAGAGUGUGAACACUGUGGACACAGACACCAGCUGGGUGGUCCUAUCUGGGGUGAGGCCCUCCAUGACGUGAGCUUCGUUCAGAAGGUUCUAUCUGCCGUGUCUGGGAACCCGUCCCGCUUUGGAACCGCCCGUCGCAUAGAGGGCAUGCUCAGCAUGGUCACAGAGGAGCUGGAGGAUGUACCUCUAUACUACACAGUGGACAACCUGAGCAGCACUAUACACUGCAGCACUCCCCCUCUGCUCCAAUUCAGGUCGGCUCUGCUUCAUGCAGGCCACAGGGUGUCCUUGUCUCAUGCCUGUAAGAAUGCUCUAAAGACGGAUGCUCCUCCCAGGGUCCUCUGGGACGUCAUGCGAUGCUGGGAAAAGUCCAAUCCAGUGAAGAGAGACAGACUGUCAGAGAGCAGCCCUGCUCACCAUAUCCUCAAUACUGAACCCAUUCUACAGGCGUGUUUUGAUGUGAGGGAGGAUGCCAAUCCCCAGUCUCGCCGUCGCUGGGGCCCAGGCCCGUGCCAAUGCUCACUUAUUAAUACUAAGGUCCUUGACCCUAACCCUAAACCUCAGCUAGGGGCCAAGGCUCGCGCCAAUGCUGGUGGUGGAGGUAUCUCAUCAGACCUGGAGGACAGGAGGAAACAGGGUCAAAACAAGAGGAAGAACCAGAUCACAGACGCCACCCAGCUUAAGAGCUUCCCCUGCAAGAGGUUCAGGAAGGGUAAAUGCACACACGGUGAAAAAUGCUGUUACUCCCAUGACCUGGAACAGACUGACCAGAUGGAGUGAUGGUGGAGCGAGUCUCCUCUCUUUUCUUCCCUCCCACUUGGUAUCCUCAUGUCCAGCUCAGCAGAAUCUGUCCACUAAGGUAUACUGGACACAAUCAUGACGAAGCAACCAGGUGAAACUCCAGGCCCCAGACAUAACUAACUUUAAACUCGUUAUGACUCGGGGGUGAAGUUUCCCCCUUGGUACCAAUCUAGGAUCAGCUUCCCCUCCCCCAAUCCUCUACAUUCCCAUUAGUGGGGAGAAUGCAAAACUGACCCAGUAUCAGCAUCUAUGGGCAACUUCAUUAUGGGAUGUCUAGUUGGCCCUGUAUUGGAAAUACUGGCUUCAUACUGAAGUGAAGCAUCAACUCUGUUUUAUUUAUGACUGUUGUGACAGUCUAAUAAAAGUCUUUAUGGCAA